UUGACCUGUGGUGAACUUGCCAGCGUUUUCCUGUCUGUCAGACUCUGUAGGACCCAGCGGAAAAGUGCUCCAACCGGAGGGAGACGGAGCAAGAGAGAGGGAGAAAGCUGAGUGGAGAGAAGACGCUCUCAGAUCAGUCAGUGGCUUCAUGGAGUUAUGUACCUCUGAUCCGCCGCCAUGGAUUGCAAUUCGCGAUCACUCCUUCUCAUUUUACCUCUUUUAUUGUGCGUUCUUCCUGCGUUUCCCAUCAUCUACCCUCCCAAUGAAGUCAACCUGUUAGACUCUAAAGCAAGCCAAGGGGAGUUAGGAUGGAUUUCCUACCCAUCGCAUGGGUGGGAGGAGAUCAGUGGUGUGGAUGAGCACUACACUCCCAUCAGGACCUUCCAGGUCUGCAAUGUGAUGGAGUACAGCCAGAACAACUGGCUUCGCACCAACUGGAUCCCUCGGCAGUCAGCCCAGAAGAUCUACGUAGAGCUGAAGUUCACCCUGAGGGACUGUAACUCCAUCCCAUUGGUCUUGGGCACCUGCAAAGAGACUUUCAACCUCCUCUACCUGGAGACAGAUGAUGACCAGGGCAGCCACUUCAGAGAGCAUCAGUUCUCAAAGAUUGACACCAUCGCCGCUGAUGAAAGUUUCACCCAAAUGGACCUCGGAGAUCGCAUUCUCAAGCUCAACACUGAGGUGCGAGAGGUGGGUCCUAUGUCCAAGAAGGGCUUCUACCUGGCAUUCCAGGACGUGGGCGCCUGUGUAGCUUUAGUUUCAGUGAGGGUUUACUUCAAGAAGUGCCCGUACACUGUGAGGAAUCUGGCCUCCUUCCCUGAUACGGUGCCCAUGGACUCCCAGUCACUGGUGGAGGUCAAAGGCUCAUGUGUCAAUCACUCCAAAGAGGAGGAGCCUCCACGAAUGUACUGCAGCACAGAGGGGGAGUGGCUUGUGCCUAUUGGGAAGUGUCUGUGUAACCCAGGGUACGAGGAGAGAAGCAACACCUGCCAAAUGUGCAGGGCUGGCUUCUACAAGUCCACACUCGGAAAUAUGGAGUGUUCAAAAUGUCCGCCUCACAGUUUCUCUCACCACGAGGGAUCGCUGCACUGCGGUUGCGAGAAAAACUACUUCCGUGCUGAGGGAGACCCUGCUUCCAUGGCCUGUACCCGUCCUCCUUCAGCACCUCGAAAUGUGAUAUCCUCCAUUAACGAGACCUCAGUUAUCCUGGAUUGGAGCUGGCCUGAGGACAGUGGUGGGCGCAGGGACAUCACCUUCACUGUCCUCUGUAAACGCUGUCGUGGAGUUGCUGCCAAUGGCAGCAACGGUGGAACCCAGCGUUGCGAGCCUUGCCGGAGCAACGUUCGCUUUCUGCCGAGAGCCACAGGCCUCCACAACACCACAGUGACGGUGGCUGAUCUGCUGGCUCACACUAACUACACAUUUGAGAUCGAAGCUCAGAAUGGUGUGUCAUCGUUGGCACCCAAGAUGAGGCAGUACGCUGCUGUCACCAUUACCACCAACCAAGCCGCUCCCUCGCCAGUAACAGUGAUCAGAAAGGAGAAGACGUCUCGAAACAGUGUCUCCCUGUCCUGGCAGCAGCCAGAAAGACCCAACGGCAUCAUCCUUGACUAUGAGAUCAAAUACUAUGAAAAGGAGGAGCAGGAGACCAGCUACACCAUCCUUCGUGCCCGGGGUUGUAACGUGACUCUGAACGGUCUGAAGCCCAACACUGCCUACCUGCUGCAGAUCCGAGCCCGCACCGCUGCUGGAUAUGGAGCCAGCAGCCCCAGUUUUCAGUUUGAGACCAGCCCUGACUCAGCCUUCUCCAUCUCUAGCGAGAGCAGCCAGGUUGUCCUGAUCGCCAUUUCCUCCGCCGUGGCCAUCAUCCUGCUCACUGUGCUGCUCUAUGUCCUGAUUGGCAGGUUUUGUUGCCACGGCAAAUCCAAACAUCCUGAUGAGAAAAGACUGCACUUUGGCAACGGCCAUUUGCGUCUGCCGGGUAUCAGGACUUAUGUAGACCCCCACACCUAUGAGGACCCAAGCCAGGCUGUGCACGAGUUUGCCAAGGAGCUGGAUGCCUCCUGUAUUGCCAUAGAUAAAGUGGUGGGAGCAGGUGAGUUUGGCGAGGUGUGCAGUGGUCGCCUGAAGCUGCCCAGCAAGAAGGAGAUCUGUGUGGCCAUCAAGACUCUUAAAGGAGGAUACACAGACAAACAGAGGAGGGACUUCCUGGCUGAGGCAUCAAUCAUGGGACAGUUUGACCACCCGAACAUCAUCAGGCUGGAGGGAGUGGUGACACGCAGUAAACCUGUCAUGAUCGUCACAGAAUACAUGGAGAAUGGAUCCCUGGACAGUUUCCUGAGAAAACACGAUGCCCAGUUUACAGGCAUCCAGUUGGUUGGCAUGCUGCGCGGCAUCGCCUCAGGCAUGAAGUACCUGUCAGACAUGGGCUACGUUCACCGAGAUCUGGCGGCUCGAAACAUCCUGGUCAACAGCAAUCUGGUGUGUAAGGUGUCAGACUUUGGCCUGUCCCGAGUCCUGGAGGAUGACCCAGAGGCUGCUUAUACCACCAGGGGAGGUAAGAUCCCAAUCCGAUGGACGGCUCCAGAGGCCAUUGCCUACAGGAAGUUUACAUCAGCCAGUGAUGCUUGGAGUUAUGGCAUCGUGCUCUGGGAAGUGAUGUCAUAUGGUGAACGGCCGUACUGGGAGAUGUCGAACCAGGAUGUAAUAAAGGCUGUAGAUGAGGGUUACCGCCUCCCCCCACCCAUGGACUGCCCUGCUACGCUCUACCAGCUAAUGUUGGACUGCUGGCAGAAAGAGAGGAACAACCGGCCAAAGUUUGAACAGAUUGUCAGCAUCCUGGAUAAACUCAUCCGCAACCCUGGUAGCCUCAAAAUCACGGCCAACACUACAUCCAGGCCGGCCAACUUGUUGUUGGACAGGAGCAGUGCUGAGGUUCCCUCGAUGGGGACGGUGGGUGACUGGAUGGAUGGAAUGAGGACUUUGCCCUGCAAGGAGGCCUUCUCUGGGGUCAGCUACAGCUCUUGUGACACCUUGGCCAAGACCUCCACAGAGGAUCUGAAAAAGGUUGGAGUGACUAUCGUAGGACCACAGAAGAAGAUCGUGAGCAGCCUCAAAGCCCUAGAUUCUCACACCAAGAACGGCCCAGUUCCUGUUUAAAAAAAACAAAAAAAACAAAAAGUGAACCCAACAAAUAAAACACCAGAGACCUGUCUGUCAGUGUGGUUGCUAAUCACAGUCCAACAUGGUGGCUUCAUAUUUAAACUGGAAAUGGAUGGAAAUGGAAGAAAAAUACAACAUGAUUCAAAUGAGGGCUUCCGUUGUGUCGUUGAAAGGCGAUACCAUGUCCUGACAGAAAUAUGGGAAGAGUUCGGUACAGGCGUGCCAGCUAGAUAACUGACUGACUCUUCAACCCACCGUCCCUUCAUGCCCAAGUUGAGAUGCCUUACAGACCAAAAGAAGGGUAGAGAGAGCAGAGAUGAAGCCGAGGAGGUCAGUGAGAACCUGGCCAGGGAUACAAACUGGGAUUGGACAUAUAGGGGAAGGACUAGACAAACAUAAAGCCUGAGCUCUCCAAUAUUGGCUAAGCUUGAUUGCAUAGCCUUCCUUUACAUUUCAAAGGGAUGGGUACGCUCACAGUCUCUUGCCACCAUGCCUCACCAGCAGCCUGUGGAACGAGGCGGUGAAACGGCUGAGAUGCCUUGUGUAGAGGAGCACGGCAGACAGCAGCAGAUGACGUGGAUGCGAGCCCUCCCUGGACUAAUGAGGUCUGAUGUGUGAGAUUUCGUUGUAACGACCUACAUUUACUGUUUUAAUCCAUGGGAGAACUGGACUGGUAUGGACACACCUAGAAGAUGACCGAGCCGUUUUACUCUGUAGCUCUAACCUAUAGCAUUUGCAUUCAGUAGAUAUGUCACAUAAAAGCAAUAAUUACGCUGAUCAGUUAAAUAGUCUCAUUGUAUGGAAGCCAUGAAUCUCUCACAUGUACAUGCAUUGAACGCUGUGCUUUGAAGGUGCAGGGGCCAUAAUACACUUCACACACAGAAUUUUCUUUAUGGUAACAUCUAUGUUCUAUGUGCUGAUGAGCAGAUAUUGUACAGUUAUAGUGCUGUUCCCUCAACCCAAUGCCCUUUGUGUGAAAUCUCAGGAUGUGUAAGUUAUUCGUUCUACUUCUUCUAACAAGGGGAAACAGAAAGAAAGAAUGAAGCGGAGCCAGGAUUUGGCAGUGGAAGUUCAGAGAGACAGGAGCAAGAAAAGGGGAAACUGGAAAAGAGCAGUUGAUAAGAGUAAAGUAUUUUGAACUAGAAGUGAGUUUGUACUUGAGUUUCUUCUUCAGGUAGGACAGGUCAGCAUCACCAACUCCACACCAUGUCAGGUAUCAUUUUCUUUCUAAGGAAUGGGUUUUGUUCACUGCAUAUGAUCAGUUCAUUUCACGACUGUUGAUCUGAUGAUGUUUUAGUUCAUUUUCCUUUGGUCUGAAUUCAUAACUUUUUUUUUUUUUAAAGCAUACUUUUCCUGAAAAAAAAGAAAAAAGAACUUUGGUUCUAGUAUAAAAUUAGUUUUCAAUCCAUAAAACCUGUGUAACGCAAAAAGUAGAGUGCCUCCUCGUGUUAGGUUGGAUCAUGGUGGGAUUGUCAGGCAAAAAGCUCCAGAUUUGAGUUAGUCUCCGUCUUUCUUCUGUAUUCUCAUAGGGGUAUCGGGUUUUAAAUCACUGCCCUGAAGUAAUUAUGUGUGAAAAUGCCCCGAAAGAGAUGCAACACUCCCAAUAAACGAUUGCUUUCUGAGAUAGUAUCCUAGAAUAUCAUAUAUCCAGGAUGGGAUUUCCUAAAGGCACCUUAGAACUUAGAUGAUCUUUGUACUAUGAAGUACAAACUUAAAGAUGUUAAUCUCCUGCUUUGAUGUCACCCAAGUCAAUCCCUCAGUGCAACAUAUAUCCAGUAUUUAUAAACUGGCACUUUGGUACUUUGUGCUGUUGGAUGGGUUAUUUAACCAUGAGGGUGCUGUCUUUAAGCUUCCUCCAAGCACUUACUGUAGUACAAACUAUUUGAGCACUUUGAAUGGAAAUGUUAUUGCCUUGGCUAUGGCUUAUCUAAUGGACAGGGGUGAUUUUUUUGGUGCUUUUGGGAAACCCAGCCUUGUUCAGUGCGUCAUUCGGUCCUCUGUUACUUGGUCUACCUGUGGAUGCUGCUGUUGCUGCUAUGUGUUCUAAUUAGCAUGUACAUAAUGUAAACCAUCGUAAUGAUAGCAACUAGCGCUACAGAUCCCACUAUAUGUACAUGGCCAUCCUUCUUUGUACAAAUGUUUGUAUGUAUAAAAGAAUAAAUAAAAAUUGUGCAACAUUUUUAAUUAAAAAAGGAGACAAAAAUCAUCUGUAUUAUAUUUUAUCUUAUUUUGAAUUAUAUUUGUCUGCUCUGUUUUUUUUCUUUUCUACAAAUAAAAGGCGAUUAUGAUUACAUUAUUAUUUAUUUGUUAACAUUAUACAGCGCAAUGUUGAUGUUUUUUGUAGCAUACAGUAAAUUAUGUGUCAGUGCUAUCUGUGUUUUUGGUUUUUGACUUACUUUAUAAACCUGGGACAUCUGAGAGAGCAAUACUGUUAUGCACCCUAUAUCCAGAUCCCUCAUUUUCUGUCUUAAGACGACUUGUGUGUCUGUGUGAGAGUUUACGUGUGCAAAUGUAGAUGGCCUUGUCUACUAAUGUAAAAUGAUUUGUAGUGGAAACAUUUAUAUUUUUAUAAUAAAUAUUCGCAAAAUAUUUUCCAAAAAAUGGA